GCAUCAAAGCAUAAACAAACGCCGUGUCGACGCCGCGCCAGAAUGUGGCCUUUUUUAAACUAAAUUCAUUAAUCUGCGCAAGUGGGCAAAUCCGUCUUGCUUUGCUAAUAUUAUUUAACUAGAAGGGAUAGUAAAGCAUGGAAGGAGAAGUGAUACUACCUGCCGCCUGUCGCUGCUGCCUGCUGGAAGACAAGGAUAUGGUUUAUGUGUUCGACAUUUUGGAUGAAUUUGAAAUGAAAAUCAGCGACCUAAUCAGUCGAAAUGGAGCAAUAGAGAUACAAGAACGUGACGCCUUUUCCAAGCACAUCUGUGGCAACUGUCUGAACGAUCUGGCCAUAGCUGAGCGUUUUGUGUUGCGCUGCCGCAAAACCAACGAUCUGCUGAUGAAUCUUAUCACAAGUGAUGCACAGGAAGAUGCGGACGCGCUGGUGGUAAGAGAUGACAUACUUUCCGACACGUACUCGGAGGAUGAUGUAUCUUACGUGGUCGAGGAAUCCGAAGGCCGAGCAGCUUUGUAUGAAGAAAUCACCUUGGCGGAACAGCAAUCCAUCGACAGUUCUGAACACUACGACGACGAACCACCGAAAGUAUUUGUGACGCAAAAAACUGGUAGUUCACAAAUAACCGGUGAUACGUUGUUACAGCUGCAACAUCAAGCAACCGUUCCUGUGGAGCAGUCUAUGGAAGAGACGGUACAAGUGCAGCUGGAUUAUGAGCAUGAAACGAUGAGCGCGAUCGAUACGAUCAUUACCGACGACACAAUCGCGCUUUCCGAUGGACUGUAUGAUGACAUAUUAGAUGAUGAAUCUUUCAAACAGGGGGACGAGGAACUGUACCAUAUAAUGGACCAGGCAAAUAGGGACGAUGGUGUGGAUGCGCUGCAAAGUGAUAGUGGUGCCAGUACGAGGACGUUCGAUUUUAAGUACAGUUGCGAUCAUUGUGGUGCCAGUUUUGUUACUUUGAAGCAUUACGCGCGUCACUUGCAAUUGCACAAUAUUUUAGCAUGUGAAAAAUGUUUAGAAAUGUUUAAAAGUGAAGAUGUACUAAAAUCCCACGAGAAAUUGUGUUUACGGGAUGCCAAACAUCCCGCAGAAGGUGAAACUAGCAAACAAACGCCUGCAGUGACGACGGACCCUGGGUCCGGUGUGGCGCCACAGCAAAAAAAAUCCCUCGUCUGCUCGUACUGCAGUAAACGGUGGAUCUCGCAAUCCGCUCUGACGAUACAUCUGCGCACGCACACCGGCGAACGCCCGUUCGGCUGUCGGUUCUGUGAUAAGCGGUUCAAAACUGCAUCAGCCAUGGAUCUGCACGAACGUCGCCACUCCGGUAUGAAGCCGUACGCUUGUUCCGUGUGCGACAAACGCUUUACCGAGGGUAGCAACCUGAAGGUGCACAUGUUGCAGCACACGAACGAGAAAUCCCACGUCUGCACGGUAUGCAACCGUGCUUUCGGGCGCGUCUUUCUACUCCAGCUGCACAUGCGAACGCACACGGGCGAGAAACCGUACGUGUGUGAAGUGUGUGGCCGAAAGUUUACACAGCAAUGCGAUCUAACAGCACACCGGCGCAUUCACAGUGGCGACCGACCGUACGUUUGCAACCUUUGCGGGAAAAGCUUCACCAAGAGUAGCGCGCUGGGAACGCAUCGCAGAAGCCAUCAGAAACAUUUGCUGAAAGGUGCAGAUGAGCUGGACACGGACUACACGUAA